AUGUUCCUCAAGAACAAGGCCCCGACCGCCAGAUCCGCCGUCGAGGCGCUCCCAUUCGCCGUCGUCGUAGUCGGCCAGGAAGGCGAGGGGGAUGAGUGCGCGGUCUACAAGGACGGGGUUGCCGCCGCCGGCGUGAAUAGCACCUGUUCUUCUUUCUUCUUGUCCUUGGCAGUAGGAGUCGCCGGUGUCACGCCGUGGGAUGAAGGGCGCCGGAGCUCGCAGGCGCGGCGAGGCGAUGGGACGGAUGCGGGCGGCCCCGAGGCCUCACCGGAGCCGGCAGAUGGGUUCUUGAGAACUGUGCGCGCCAUCUCGGAGCUCGUCGACAAAGAGCCCGAACCAGACUUCCCUGAGGCGGAAGUUGAGCGGCUCUCCUCCUCAAUAACGUUCCUCAGAGAAUGGAGGCACUUCUCUUAUGAGCCAAAAAGUGUAACUUUCACUAAUGGCACUGAGUCAACUUCAUCUAGAGAUGACAUGCACAGUGUAACCUUACCACAGUUUUCAUCUGCUUCUGUUCCCCAGGUCACACCUCCAGAAGACCGGAAGGAUAAUACAGUCAGCUUUGAUUUUAUUCUAUAUGCGGGGGGGAAUGUCUGGGCCUUGGACUGGUGCCCUAGGUUGUGCGACAAGCCUGACUCUUCUAUAAACUGUGAGUAUCUUGCUGUUUCUGCGCACCCUCCUGGUUCUUCUUACCAUAAACUUGGCAUGCCCUUAACCGGGAGAGGUAUCAUUCAAGUUUGGUGUCUGUUAGCACCAUUUGAAGACGCACAUUCUCACCGGUCAAUGAAUGUAUGCAAUAAUAGUAAUCGAAGAGGAAGGCCUAGAAAAAUACCUUGUAGUGAUAAGCUGGAACCUGUUCCAAAAGGACCAAGGGGGAGGCCAAGAAAGAGACCUUACAGUGAUCAGUUGGAACCUGUUCCAAAAAGACCAAGGGGCAGACCAAGAAAGAAUCCGUUGCCAGUUGCAAAAUUUGAAGAUUCAUCCCAAAACGGUGAAAGUCAGGAUAUCAUUCUUUUUGAUCCCCUUUCUACUUCAAGUGUUUUUCCAGAUGACCUUCCAUUGGCUUAUGUCAUGCCAACUGCGAAGUCUGUGCAAUCAACUCCGAAUAAAAGAGGUAGAGGGCGACCUAAGAAAAAUCCAAGUGACAAACUGACAGGCUCAUCUGGUACUGUAUUGGAAGAUGUGUGUACAGCCCCACCUCCAACAACUGCAAUCUGUACAAAACCUAAGAGACCACGGGGGAGGCCUCGAAAAUAUCCAAUUCCAAUGAACAAUGGAUCUGUUUCAGACGCUGAUGUUGAAUUAGGGAAAGGGACAACUUGUCAGCCUGCUUCAUUUGGUUGCAGUUUGGACGACACUGCUUGCACAGAGUUUAAUGCUAAUUUAAGUAUUGUUGCAGUUGAUGCAGCAUUGCCGCUUAUUGACAAACUGACCUCAUCUCCAACAACUGCAAUCUGUACAAAACCUAAGAAGCCACGGGGGAGACCUCGAAAGUAUCCAGUUCCAAUCAAUGGUGGAUCUGUUCCAACAACUGCAAUCUGUACAAAACCUAAGAAACCACGGGGGAGACCUCGAAAGUAUCCAGUUCCAAUCAAUGGUGGAUCUGUUUCAUGCACUGAUGCUGAAUUAGGGCAAGAGACAAAUUGUCAGCCUGUUUCAUUUGGCUGUAGUUUGGACCACACUGUUUGCACAGAGUUUAAUGCUAAUUUAAGUAUUGUUCCAGUUGAUGCAGCAUUGCCAGUAAAAGAAAGCGUGUGUACCGAACCAUCUCCAGCAACUGCAACCCGUAACCAACCUAAGAGAACACGGGUGAGGCCUCAAAAGUAUUCGGACACUAUGAUUGAACUGGGGAAAGAUACAACUGGUCAGCCUGUUUUAUUUGGGUGCAGCAUGGAUCACACUGCUUGCACAGAGUCUGACUCUAGUUUUAGCAUCGUUGCAGUUGAGGGUAAUGCUUGUAAAGGUGCUCUGCCUAUCCACAUUUCACCUAAAUCAAGUAAUAAAAGAGAGUCAAGUGGCAGGAGGGGAAGAGGAAGGCCUAAAACGAUACCACUUUCUGCUGGAACUGGUCGUUUUGUGGCUUCUGGUGCCAGCCUCCCAAUGACAACCUCUGUACUGACUAGUCCAAACAAUCCCACAUCUUUGAACAAGAGUGGUGGCAAAUUUAUAGCAAGUAGCCUUGGUUCAUGUGGGUGUGAUAUUGAGAAAUGCAGUGUUCAUUCAGGUGUUUUGUUGUCUGAUGAUGCAUCACCAGCACAUGGCUUAUACAAUGCAAAUUGUAAGGAAGAAUCAAAUACCAAAAUAGGAAAAGAGGGAUCUAGAAAGAAGCCUGUUUCAACUGAGCACAGGCAUUUUACUGAUUUUAAUGUCAAAGAACAAAAACUGCAGACAAUUCCGAAGUCAGGCGAUCCUGUGGUCUUGGUUGAAAACUGUAUGGAAGGACCAGGCCCCAGAAAGGCUAGGGGGCAACUUCAAAGGAUACCUGCUUCAAAUGAGAGUAGUGGCACAUCUGUUGGUGGUGAAACACAUAAAAUGGAGGGAUUAUCCACAUCAAUGACUAAAGGGUCAUCUAAAAGUGAUCACAUGGCUCAUGGGGCUAGUUUGAAUCAGUCUAAGAAUGCAAUUGUUGGUUGCGAUGGCAUGGAAGUUAAUGAAAGCAACACUGCCAAUUAUACUUCUCAUUGUAAUGAAAAUGCACGAGAAAAUCAAGUUGCACCUAGUUUCAAGAACAGUGAUAGGGUCAUUGAUGAAACGGAAGCUGCAGAACUUGUGCCACUCAAGGAAUCAAGGGAAGAUGACAAUAUGUUUAGUUGUGUAAACUCAAACUCAUCUUCAAUUACAAGGGACAUUGCUCAACCAAGAGUUGUCUUGUGUUUAGCUCACAACGGCAAAGUCGCUUGGGACAUCAAAUGGAAGCCUCCUUUACUAAGUCAACCUGAACAGAAAUCACGACUGGGUUUCCUUGCAGUAUUGUUGGGGAAUGGAACUCUUGAAGUGUGGGAAGUUCCAUCACCAUGCAUGAUCCAGAAAAUAUAUUCCCCCUCUAAGGUGGAGGGUUCUGACCCUCGUUUUCUAAAGCUACAACCUGUAUUUAGGUGUGUCAAAGUGAAGUGCAGGAACAGGCAAAGCAUUCCCUUGACAGUUGAUUGGUCACCUUCUCCUCCUCAUGAUAUGAUAUUGGCGGGUUGUCAUGAUGGAACGGUUGCUUUAUGGAACUUCUCGAUACAUUUGCCAACACAAGAUUCAAAACCUUUUAUGUGUGUCACUGCUGAUUCUGUUCCCAUUAGAGCUCUCUCUUGGGCACCAUAUAUAAGUGAAGAAAGCACAAAUACCUUUGUCACUGCUGUAGAGGAUGGUCUAAAGUUCUGGGAUUUAAGAGAUCCAUACCGUCCUCUUUGGGAGCUAACUACUGCUCCAAAGGCUGUAUUAAGUCUUCAUUGGCUAAAGGAUGGAAGGGGAAUCGUUAUCUCACUGGAAGAUGGUACAUUGAAGUUUCUAAGCUUGCCUCGGAUUGCAAAUGAUGUUCCAGCCACUGGAAGACCAUUUGCCGGAACAAAAACUCAGGGUGUUGUAACUUAUCAGUUGUCAGAAUAUUUGAUUUGGAGUGUCCAUGCCUCAGAACCUACAGGUUGUGCGGCUUACUGCGGGGCAGAUGGUACUGCUGUGUACUUUCAGCUUAAUUCAAGAUUCUGGGAUAAAGAACCUGGGCGUAACCGUGUUCCUUAUUUCCUCUCUGGAUCAUUAUCAGAGGAGGGAGAAAAUAUUAAGAUUGGCAGCAGGCUGCAAACAUCUCCAUUACCAAAUGUUCCUGUGGUGACCAAAAAGGGUUCAAAACCAUGCCAAAAUAUAGUUCAGGCGCUCGCUACAAGCGAUGUCACUGGCCUGCUGAUAUGUCAGACCAACUCCCCCACAGGAAACAGUGACGCUGUAAAUCAAGAACUUGACGGUGAUCGAGAUGAUGGAUACAGUGAAGAACAAGCAGCAGGCAUGGUAAACACAGAAUUUGGCGAUGAUCAAGACAAUGGACACAGUGAAGAAGAAGGAGCGGGUGCAAUAAUUUUAGCCAGUCCUACAAAGGAAGAGAAUGAUGGAACAUGGAACAGCAAGGGUGGUGAAUCCCCUAAAGACCUUAAAGUCAUCCCUCCGAAUUCUGUCGCUUUACAUCAAGUGCGAUGGAACAUGAACAAGGGUAGCGAGAGAUGGCUGUGCUAUGGAGGUGCUGCAGGCAUCAUACGAUGCCAGAGGAUCUGA